ACCCUUUACCUGGUCGAACGACCAAGCAACACAAAAGUUCCUAGGGUUUUCUAAGACCGCAUCUAAACGGAGAGAAAGCAAAGCCUUCUCUCAUCGGUGCCGCCAAAACGAAGCCAUAAGAGGAUAGAGCAGAGCAGGGAGGCAACGUGAACCAAAAAGAGAAACAAGGAGGCAGAAAAAGUGAAGCCACAAAGAAUUACAAGGUUGCAUACUUGAAUCGAAGGAUACAUCUCCUGGUUCUUCUUAAGAUUCUUGGUAACUCGAAGACUUAGCUUAUAACGUUCUCAAAAAAUCAUGGCGUCACGUUUUUGGACUCAGGGUAGCAGUGACAGUGAGGAAGAGUUGAGUGAUCAUGAGGAGGAAAUUGAUGAUGUGCCAGGUGGUGAGUCCUCAGCCCAGACCACAACAAAUAGGUAUCUGCAAGUAAAUGCAAGUGACAGUGAUGAUUCAGAUGGCCAAAAGCGGGUUGUUAGGUCAGCUAAAGACAAGCGUUUUGAAGAGAUGUCAGCCACCAUAGACCAGAUGAAAAAUUCUAUGAAGAUCAAUGACUGGGUUAGCCUGCAGGAUUGCUUUGACAAGCUAAAUAAACAGCUUGAGAAGGUAAUGCGCGUUACAGAGUCUGAAAGGGUCCCCACUCUUUACAUUAAAGCUCUUGUGAUGUUAGAAGAUUUCUUGAGUCAAGCUUUGGCAAAUAAGGAUGCAAAGAAGAAAAUGAGUAGCAGUAAUGCCAAGGCCUUGAAUUCAAUGAAACAGAAACUGAAGAAGAAUAACAAGCAGUAUGAGGAUUUAAUUAAUAAAUAUAGGGAGAACCCUGAGAGUGAGGAGGACAGGGAUCGUGGUGAGGAAUCGGAGGAGGAAGAAGAAUCUGAGUCAGAAUUUGAGGAGGACUACACGAACAUAGUUACAAGAUCGGAAUCUGGAGAUGAAGAGGAAGAUGAAGAAGUGGAUGACAAGGAUGAUCGUGCUUGGGAGAAGAAGCUGAGCAAGAAAGAUAAGCUCAUGGAUAAGCAGUUUAUGAAGGAUCCCAGUGAAAUCACCUGGGAAAUUGUUAACAAGAAGUUUAAAGAGGUUGUUGCUGCUCGGGGAAGGAAAGGAACUGGAAGGUUUGAGCAGGUUGAACAGCUUACUUUCUUGACAAAGGUUGCCAAGACUCCUGCACAGAAACUUGAAAUUUUGUUUAGUGUUAUCUCUGCACAGUUUGAUGUGAAUCCAGGGCUCAGUGGACAUAUGCCUAUAAGCGUGUGGAAGAAGUGUGUCCAAAAUAUGUUUGUCAUACUGGACAUUCUUGUUCAGUUUCCAAACAUUGUGGUGGAUGAUAUGGUUGAACCUGAGGAGAAUGAAACACAAAAGGGGGCAGAUUAUAAUGGGAAGAUUCGAGUUUGGGGAAACUUGGUUGCGUUCCUAGAAAGGAUCGAUGUGGAGUUUUUCAAGAGCUUGCAGUGUAUAGAUCCAUACACUCGUGAGUAUGUCGAGAGACUGAGGGAUGAACCUAUGUUUUUGGUUCUUGCUCAAGAUGUCCAGAAUUAUUUAGAGCGAAUUGGCGAUUAUAAAUCAGCUGCAAAGGUUGCUUUAAGGAGUGUUGAGCUCAUUUAUUACAAGCCACAGGAGGUUUAUGGUGCCAUGAGUAAACUGGCUGAGCAGACAGAAGAAGUAGAUAAUGGAGGUGAGGAGCCGAAGGUGGUUGAGGAAAGUAGGGGUCCUUCUCCAUUUAUUGUUAUUCCUGAGGUUGUACCUCGUAAGCCGACUUUUCCUGAAAGUAGCAGAGCAUUGAUGGAUGAUUUAGUGUCUCUUAUAUACAAAUGCGGUGAUGAGAGGACCAGAGCCCGUGCAAUGCUUUGUGAUAUUUACCACCAUGCUCUUCUAGAUGAGUUUUCAACUGCGCGGGACUUGCUGCUGAUGAGUCAUUUGCAGGACAACAUACAACAUAUGGACAUCUCAACACAAAUUCUUUUUAACAGGGCUAUGGCCCAGGUCGGUCUUUGUGCGUUUCGCGUUGGUUUAAUUGUUGAAGCACAGAGUUGUCUUUCUGAACUAUAUUCCACUGGAAGGGUUAGGGAAUUACUUGCUCAAGGAGUGUCACAAAGUCGAUAUCAUGAGAAGACUCCAGAACAGGAAAGGUUGGAAAGAAGACGCCAAAUGCCUUACCAUAUGCACAUAAAUCUUGAACUACUGGAAGCUGUUCAUCUAAUCUGUGCCAUGCUGCUUGAGGUUCCCAACAUGGCAAGCAAUAACCUUGAUGCAAAGCGAAAGGUCAUAAGUAAGACUUUUCGGCGGUUGCUGGAAGUAAAUGACAGACAAACAUUUACUGGUCCCCCUGAAAAUGUCAAGGAUCACGUAGUGGCUGCCACCAGGGCCCUUGGCAAGGGAGACUUCCAAAAGGCCUUUGAUGUUAUCAACUCUCUAGAUGUUUGGAAGCUUCUCAGAAACCGAGAGAGUGUCCUCGAUAUGGUUAAGGCCAAGAUUAAGGAAGAGGCUUUGAGGACAUAUCUGUUCUUUUACUCAUCUUCAUACAACUCACUGAGCUUGGAUCAACUCACCAAGAUGUUUGACCUCACGGAUGAACAGACACACAGCAUUGUCAGCAAGAUGAUGAUCAAUGAAGAACUGCGCGGAAGUUGGGACCAGCCAACUCGCUGCAUCAUCUUCCACGACGUCCAGCAUAGCAGGCUGCAAGCUUUGGCAUUCCAGCUGACUGACAAGUUAUCUAUCCUUGCAGAAAGCAAUGAAAGAGCAAUUGAGUCUAGGAUCGGCGGUGGUGGCUUGGAUCUGAAUCUGAGGCGACGAGAUGGCCAAGAUUACAGUGGAGGGAUGACUGCUGGAGCUAACAAGUGGCAAGACUUGUCUUUCAAUCAAGGACGGCAGGGAGCUGGUGGGCGAUCAGGAUAUAAUGUUGGUGGUGGUAGACAAUCUGGGCUAGGCCAACAUGGAGCUGGGUAUUCACGGGAUCGGACAGGUCAGCGAGGAGCAGGUGGAUAUUCCAGCAGAGCUGCUGCAAUUAGGGGUUCUCAGGCAGAUUCUUCCACUCGAAUGGUUAGCCUAAACAGGGGAAUUCACGCUUAGUAAAAAAGAUAGUACGUCCAGUCGCUGCGGGAGAGAACUACUGGUAAAAGUUUGGUAUUUUAGUAAAAACAGUUAUAUUUUUCUAAGUUUGAAGAUUACUUAAUAAUUAUUGUUAAUUAUGUACCUGAGCAUCCUGUUUAGGGUGACUGUAAUUCAGGAUCUAGGACACAUCCAUAUUCUCACUUGAUUUCUUUAUAUUUAUUUUGCA